UCUCACUGUUUAUCUGACGAUGGCUCAGGCCGGUGUGGUGCUGGACAAGGACCAGUUCAACUGCUCGGUAUGUCUGGACGUGUUGCGGGACCCGGUGACCAUCCCGUGCGGACACAGCUACUGCUCGGAUUGCAUCGAGAACUACUGGGACCAGGACGACUACCUGGGGGUCUUCGUGUGUCCGCAGUGCAGGCAGAGCUUCAACCCGAGGCCCUCACUCGCCAGAAACACCAUGUUGGCCGACGUAGUGGAGAGAUUUAAAAAGACUGGACUGCAGGAGGCCACGCAAACACCCGCAAACCAAAGUUUUGCCGAGGCGGACGACGUGGAGUGUGAUGUUUGCACUGGGAGGAAAAACAAAGCUGUCAACUCGUGUCUGGUGUGUCUGGCGUCCUACUGCGACGUCCACGUCCAGCCUCACUACGAGUCCGCUGUUUUCAAGAAGCACAAGCUGGUUUCAGCCACCAAAAAGCUCCAGGAGACGAUCUGUCCUCAGCACGGGAAGUUGCUGGAGGUUUACUGUCACACGGACAAGCAGUGCAUCUGUUACCUGUGUCUGACAGACCAGCACAAAGGACACGACACGGUGCUGGCUGAGGCUGAGAUACAACAAAAACAGAGGCAGCUCGGCGACAUGAAGCAAAGCUCUCAGCUGAGAAUCCAGCAAAGAGAGAAGGAUGCCCAGGAUUUGAGACAUGCCAUCUUUUCUCUCACUCGCUCUGCUCGGGCAACAUCUGAAGAGAGCGAUGCCGUCUUCACUGAACUGAUUCGCUCCAUUGAGCUGAAGCGGUUCGAGGUGAGAGAGCUGAUCAGAGCCCAGGAAAAGACGGUCGUCAGUCAGGCCGAGCAGCUGCUGGAGAAGAUACAGAAGGAGAUCGCUGAGCAGAAAAAGAAUGAGGCUGAACUCGACAAACUGUCUCGCACUGAAGACCACAUCCAUUUCCUUGAUAGCUGUCAUUCGCUCCAACCUCCACCAGUGCUGUCAACUUUGCCUUCAAUCACCAUGGACCCCAACCUCACCUUUGGCCCUGUGAUGACAGCUGUGUCAGAUUUUAAAGGACUGUUGCAGGAGGUCUGCCAGGGAGGAUUUGUCAGCAUCUACGAAAAAGUGAGAGAUGUAGUCAUUGUUGGGGCUCCACAUCCCGGUGUUCAGUUAGAUAAUACACAGCCUGCUGAUACUGCGUCAACUUCACAAAUGGAAGCAACACUAGUUGUCCCUCCACCUGGACUGGACCACAGUCCUGUGAGCCCUCUCAACCCUUUCCUCAAUCCAGGACCUGUUUUACCCACGUUUGCCUUCUCACCAUUUGGUUCUAAACUCUCGUCAGGAACCAGGCAGAGGCACCUUCAGCGGCGAGCUCACCCCAGGAGGAAAUAGACUUCUAGUGGACAUCGAGAUCAACAUUUCACAUGCACAAACAUAAGCUGAACGUUAUCAUUCUGAAGUGCUUUCACAGAUGUGCACUGACACUAGUGAAUUUGUACAUUUAAUAUUUCAUCUUUUAGUAUUAGUUUUUUACCAACCAGCUGUACGUAUGUGCAAAAAGAGGACGAAAGAGAGCAUCACGCACUCUUAUAGUGCCACACUGACAAUGUACUUACUUGAUUAAGUAUUAACUAGCAUAAAGCAGGACUCAACGAUAACUCACUUCAGUAUUGACAAUGGAACUGCCUUGAAACACACAAUGGUUUUAGUUUUUAUGACGAUAUGCUUUUAUAAUUAUUUUCCUUUUUUUUUAAAAGGCGGAACUCUGCAAACUAUCAUUUCUGUACAAAAACAUGUAAUAUAUUGUGAUUUGUGACGUGCUGACAUUAA